AUGUUUUUCAGAAAGAACCGAUCCAACACCAACGUACAAUCCUCUUCCAACGUUCCGAGCACGUCCUCCAUAGCAAGAGAUCGAAUCAUCUCUUCAUCAACACCUACUCUCAACAGUACAACAACAACGACAUCAACCACCACUGCUCAACUCAAUACACAACCCAAUGCACAACCCAGUACAAUAUCUCAAACAUCCUCACCCAUAAGUGUUGGUGCAAGACCAAGUAUGGAUAUAUUAUUAAUGGGCAGUCAUUCGCACAUGCACCAGAAAUCACAAGAUCAGGGUGAAGAUUCCUCAAGGUCGACCAUGUCCUCUGUCUCUUCCUCACGAAAUAGAAACUCUCUCCGUCUAUCGAUUGGAAACUUCUUUAAGGACAAACUUUGCAAGAUACGAAACUCUCUGAAUCGAAAUACGAACCUUAAUUUUGACGACAUUGAGGCAGCAGUGGCUUCAGAGCAGCAGCGCUACUCGCCCUCUUCUUCAGCGCCACCAGGUUAUGGAAGAUGUUCCAUAGACACGAGUAGAACCAACACUGCCAGUAGUGGUAGACACUCCAAGAAAGAGAGAGGACGAAGUAGAGCCAUUUCCGACGUAACACAUCCAAAAAAGAGACCAGUGUCUGUCACAUUUCAACAACUUCAAAGUGGUGGUGGCUAUGCCAAUCCUUACAGUCAGUCUAUUCUCACUUCAACUUCCUCGUCAUGGUCAUCAGAUGUUUUUCCAUCUCCAAGACAUUUCUUCAAAUCCUCUCUCUUCUCCAAUAAUAAGGAACAGGAAUCGAAGGACAUUAAAGUUCUCGUGUUGGGUGCCACAGCUGUUGGAAAGAGUGCACUUUGUAGUCAAUACUUGAAAGGAAUAUUUCCAUCUCAACAUGUUGCCACAGUGGAAGAUCAAUUCAAAAAGGUCGUUGAUAUAGACGGUGAAACGACAAGUAUUCAUAUUUUGGAUACAUGGGGAGAUGUUCUCUUACAGAAUGAAUCAUCAUCUGCUGCUCAACAACAACCACAGGAUCAAUCGAACAGUUCGUCCUCCUCUCAAACAAUGCCACCAUCACAGUUGGAGCAGCUUUCGAGGCCUUCAAGAGCAAUUACCUCAAUCAUUGAUCAAGUUGGAGAACCAAGUGGUCAGUUCAAUAAUACCUCAUAUAGUACCUCAGCAUCGAGUAACAGUACCACAAUUUCCAUGUCAACUUCUUCCAUGGCAGAAUCUUGUACUUUGACUGAUGCUAGCAAUGUAAGCAGCAGUAAGAACUCGUCACCAACUUCUCGAAGAAAUAGUUCUGCACAUUUAGAGAUGGAACUUAAAAAGUCGAUCAUUAACCAAAUUUCCUCUCAUUCCUCCUCCAGUGGAUCCUCGAAUAGCCAUGGAUCAUUCUUUUCAUCCAAUGUUGUCAUUAUUCUCAUGUACUCCAUUUCAGAUUAUUCCUCUUUUGAGAAGGUUUUACAAAUUUAUGAAAAUCUUCAACUUUUGGCCGUCGAGUCACACCUGAAAAAUUACAAUGAAGAGCUUGCCAAUAAUUCUAAAAAGAAGGGCUCUCUCACCAAACGUUCCCCACGAUGUAAAUAUUAUUCCUUCCAACCCACGAUCUUACUGGUGGGUACUAAACGAGAUCAAGAUCCAUCCAUUGCAAGAAGUAACCUGAUACAGCAGCUUUCAACACCAACUACCUCAACAACGCCUCAACAACAAGAAGAGCGACGACCCUCCAUGGUGCAACAACCUAGCAGCUCUGCUGACAUGUAUGGCUUCUAUUACGGGUUUGGAUUAAGCAAUAGCUUGGAAGACAAGAGUCAACUCAUACAUUCACUUCCAGCAAGAAUUCCAAUCACCAAGAGCAAUAAGCGACGUCCUUCCAUCUACUCUCAAUACGAAUAUGCCAUGUGCGGAUGCACAGAGACAGAACGACAAGUCACAUUCGAAGAGGGAGAGCAACUCGCAGCAACCAUUGGAGAGAAUUGCUACUUUAUGGAAAUCUCCAAUCAAAAUCCAUUAGAAGUCGAACAAGUGUUUUUGCAAGCCGUUCGGAAAGUGAGAGAACGCAUAACUCAACUCUCCAACUCUGAGUUUGCGAGAGCCGCUCGAGCACAGCCCAUCUCCCACAGAAUGCCAUUAUCGGAAUGUGUUUCCGUGUAUUCCUCGAGAUCAUCAACGGCAGCAACUCCAUGUGAUGAAGACACUUGGAAUGUUCUCAAUGCGGCUCAACAACAGCCAUCAGUGAAUCAUCCUCGUGUUCGAAAAGAAGUGCCUCGUCUCCUCUCACCAAUCUCGGAGAUGAAAGACGAAAAGCAAAGAAGACGAAGAAAAGACAUAAAAGUGUUGGAAAAUUGUGCUGCAUUAACGGAUGACUUAAUAAAUUACAUGUAA